AUGCGGCGCAACAGUCUGUCGGGAUGCCCGCGCGCCGAUCGUUCUCAACUGCAGCCGCACUCUCAAGAGCUGAAGUGUCCCACGCCCGGUUGCGAUGGCUCCGGGCACGUCACGGGCAACUACUCCUCGCACCGCUCGCUUUCCGGGUGCCCUAGAGCCAACAAGCCGAAGAGCAAGCCUAGGGACGGCCAAGACUCUGAACCACUCAGCGCCUCCGGAUGUCCCAUCGCGAACAGAAACAAGAUGCGGGUACUGGAGAGCGGGGGCACUGUGGAACAGCACAAAGCGGCUGUGGCCGCGGCCGCUUCCGCCAUAAAGUUCGACGGCGUCAACUGCCCCACACCGGGCUGCGACGGCUCCGGCCACAUAAACGGCUCCUUUCUGACCCACCGCUCCCUUUCCGGGUGCCCAGUCGCCGGCUCGGCGACGCCCACGCCGCAGCCGAAGAAGCCAAAAUACCCCGACGACAUCACGCCCCUAUACCCGAAACCCUAUUCAGGUAUGGAGAUGAACAUGCAGACUGGCAACGGGGAGGACCUUAUGACCCUUGAGCAAGAAAUCACCGAGCUGCAGCGGGAGAACGCCCGCGUCGAGUCCCAGAUGAUCCGUCUCAAGUCGGACAUCAACGCCAUGGAAACGCACCUGAGUCAUGGAGAGAGAGAGAACCAGCUCAUAUCUCAGCGCAACAACAACCUCAACGAGUACUACGAGAGCCUGCGUAAUAACGUGAUCACGUUACUGGAGCACGUGAGAAUUCCCGGCGGCGGGACGGCGCCCGUGACGAACGCCGGGGGCGGGCCCGGGGCGCCGCCGCCGCCGGGCCCCGGUGAGAAGCCGGCCCACGACAACUUCGACUCGUACCUCACGAAGCUGCAAACCCUCUGCUCGCCGGACGGCUACUGCCCCGACGAGAACCGGCCCAUCUACGAGACCGUGAAAAACGCGCUCCAAGACUUCACAGUGCUCCCAACACCCAUU